AUGAUGCGUGAAGAAAACGAGAUUUUCUACUACGCCGCCGAGGGUUCAGUGAGUGAUUUGGAAAAACACAUCAAGAAGUACCCGAGCUCUCUUCAUAGUAAAGAUCAUCGAAAUAGAACUCCGCUUGCCCACACUGCACUCACCGACAAGGAGAAAAAUGCACAAUUGUUGUUAAAAAAAGGUUUAUCUUGGUGGGACGAGGAUUCGAAUGGAGGAACGGCCAUUCAUUGGGCGACAAAAUGUGCAUCGAUUCGUGUAAUUCGAAUGAUUCUACAAAAUGGGAAAACACCGACGGGAAUUCCGCCAUGUUUGUUGAAAGAUAAAGACGGCGUAACACCAAUUCAUAUCGCUUCUCGCCGACCCAACGAUAAAGUUCUCAAAAUUCUUGUGGAGACAUUGAAGGAGAAAGUCACGAAAGAAGAGCUUUUACUGGACACAAAAGGAAGAAGUCCGAUUCAUUAUGCGGCGGCGAGUUGCUCAUAUGAGUGUUGUCAGUUGCUGAUUGAUUCCGAAAAUCUAAACCUUUUGGUCGAUCAAAAAGAUGUUUACAUGCAGAGUCCGCUGAUGUGCGCGGCUGGGGUUCGACUGCCACAAGCUGUCAAUGUGGUGCUUCUCCUGGGCAAACGAAAACCCCCAGCACUUCCACAUCGAACGAUUGAUGGACAAACUGCGCUACAUUUGGCUGUGGCCGCUGAUAAUAUUCCAGUUGUUGAUGCACUUUUGAAUGAACUUGGAGCGCCAAUACAUGUUCACGACAACGACUACCGUACCCCGUUACAUUAUGCGGCUGAUAUGGGAAAUUUGAAUGCUAUCGAGAAAUUGACUGCGAAAGGGCUGAAAAACACAAAAGAUCGCUUCAACGUCUCUUGCGCCCAUUAUGCAGCUCAAAAUAGCGGCAAAGCGAUGGCAUUGUUGUUGAAAACGCCAACUGGAACAUAUAGAGAAGUUAAAGACGGCGAGAAUCGGAGUUGUUUUAUGUGGGCGGUGGUUGCGGGGAAUAUCGAUGCAAUCGAGUUUCUUCUUCAGAAUUGCCCGCCUAGUCGCCAUGAAAUCGACAGUCACGGUUUGACCGCUUUACAUUUGGCGGCUCUAAUGGGAAAUGAGAGAGUGUGCAAAAUUCUCAUCAAACAAGGAUGGCAUUUGUCGGGCGGAGACAAGAACUUCGCGACUCCAAUCCAUCUGGCUGCGGGACGGGGACACACCGAUGUUGUUUCAUGUCUUGUGACAGCUGGAGCCGACAUGAAAGCUGUCGAUUUUAUGGAUAGAACAGCCAUUUUCGCCUCGUGUUUCGGUGGACAAGCGCACACACUUUAUGUAAUGAUUAGAGAAUUGGGUUUUGAAUGGAGAACGGCUGUGGAGAAUCAGAGUCGUCCGAUCACGGAUGCAAUGGGGCGAACGCCAUUACAUGCAGCCGCCUAUGGCGGUUUCUCUCAUUGUAUCACACAAAUGUUGAAAAUCGAAGAAGAAGACCCGACAGCUCUUUGUAUUCCGUUGGUCGGUGCGGUGGAUAAUAAUUCGGAGACGGCUCUCCAUGUCGCUUCAUAUCGAGGCCGUUUGGAUUGUGUGUUGGUUUUGUUGAAUCACGGAGCGGCAAUCAAUGCAGUCGAUCACAAUUUGAGGACACCGUACAAAUGUGCGCUUGAUGCUGGACAUAAAGCGGUAGCCGAUCAUCUGCGUGCUCAAGGCGCUCUUCUUUAUGAUGAAUUGUGCUCUUUGGCCGCGACAAUUAUUCAAAAUUGGAUUCGAACGAUUCUAGAGGAAAAGAAAAUGAAGAGGAAAAUCCAAUUGCAAGAUCCGCCGUUUGGAAAUCAAAGAAAGAAUAGCCAAAGGAUUUUAGAGAAAAACGAU